CCGAGGUCAUACCCCCAGAAACCUCGCCAUGCCUCUCUCAGUCCAGCCCAUCCUCCUCCGCAACACCGCCGCCCUUCGCCCCGCAGCACGGAACUUCACCACCUCCUCCAAGACUUUCUCUCGUCUCCGCCAGCCCGGCGAGCCCACCGGCCCUAACGAGCCCCCGAGCCAUACUUCCUCACCGCCCUCCAAGUCGCCCCUCAAGGUCUGGCCGAUCAUCUUCAUCUUCUGCGCGGGCAGUUUUAUGUUCAAGAAGAUCGUCGACCGACAGCAAGAACUAGGCCAAUACAAGCCUCAGGGUCCCGUAGCUGGCCACUCGCCCAGUCGACCAUAAACAACAAUCGUCACGAUGCCGGCGAUUGAGAAGCUCGGUGCGACCACACGCACGUCUCCGCUGUGGUCUGCCGAUAAAGUCACUGUCAUCUUUGUGCUUGGUGGACCUGGCGCCGGUAAGGGCACGCAGUGCAGCAAGCUGGUGUCCGACUAUGGCUUCAAGCAUCUGAGUGCUGGAGACUUGCUUCGCGAGGAGCAGGACAGGCCUGGCAGCGAGUUUGGAGAAAUGAUCAAGACGUACAUCAAGGAGGGCACCAUUGUGCCGAUGGAGGUGACCAUCCAAUUGCUGGAGAACGCCAUGAAGAAGGCAAUGGAGGAGGAGAACAAGAGCACUUUCUUGAUCGACGGUUUCCCACGCAAGCUCGACCAGGCCCAUGCCUUCGAGCGCUCCGUCGUUCCAUCAAAGUUCACUCUCUUCUUCGACGCCCCCGAAGACGUUAUGCUAGAGCGUUUACUCAACCGCGGCAAGACUUCCGGCCGUGCAGAUGACAAUAUCGAAUCGAUCAAGAAGCGAUUCCGCACGUUUGUCGAAACCAGCAUGCCUGUAGUCGACGAGUUCGAGAGCCAGAAGAGAGUGAUCAAGGUGAACGCAACCCGCACGCCAGACGAAGUAUACCAGGACGUACAGACUAGGCUGAAGGAGUGGGAUAUUGAGCCAAUUACGCUCAAGUUUGUCAAGACUGAUGCGUAGUUAGACAGCACAUCCCGGCGUAGAAGUAGAUGCUUACACUAGCGUAAACGGAAUUGACAACAAUCGUAC